AUGGCGCUACGGGAGGUGGGUGGAAUGGGAGGAGUGCCGACGUCGCGCCAUCUGAAAGUGUGCGUGGUGGGCAGCGGGCCUGGCGGCUUCUACGCGGUCGAGGCUCUGCAGCGCAUGGCAGAAGAGGUCAAAGCAAAGGGGCAAGCACCAGAGAUCGCCCUCGACGUUGACAUCUACGAGCGUCAGGCCGUGCCUUACGGUCUAGUGCGAUUCGGCGUAGCGCCUGAUCAUCCCGAGGUGAAGGCGGUGCAGCAUCGAUACGACGCUUUCAUGGCCGACCCUCGCCUGCGCUUCGUGGGCAACGUUUCCAUCGGCUCUACAAAUUCAAUUUCUCAAUCUUCCUCGAGCGGGGCUGCCGCUCUGUCGGUGGAGGAGCUACUCGGAGCUUACGACGGCGUGGUGCUCGCCGCGGGGGCGCAACGCGACCGCCCGCUCGGCAUCGAGGGCGAAGAUCUGCCUGGCGUCUACUCUGCCCGCGAGUUCGUGGCGUGGUACAACGGCGACCCUGCGAUGCGGAGCCGACAGUUCGAGCUUUCUUCCUCUCGCGAGGCUGUAGUGAUCGGACAGGGCAACGUCGCGCUCGACGUCGCGCGGGUGCUGCUGCAUGAGCCCGGCCAGCUGGCCUCCACCGACAUGCCCGAGUACGCGGUCGACGCCCUGCGCCGCUCCCAGAUCGACACGGUGCACAUCGUGGGGCGACGCGGACCCGCGCAGGCCUCAUUCACCAACAAGGAGGUGCGGGAGAUCCUCAAUCUGCCCGGGGUCCAGUGCCACUUCCUGCCAUCGGGCGUGCUUGCCCUCAACGAGGCCUCCAAGGCCGAGACUGCGAAGGAGCGCGGCAAGAAGCGCAUGAUCGACCUCUUCGCCGCCACGGAGAAGAAGGUGCGUUACACCCUGUGGAAAGCCUGUCCCGCGUCGAGUGCCUUCAAGGCUGAAAACGAACGACGUGGCUUGGAAUGUGGUGUAUGCGGCCAGGCCGGAGAGACGAAGGGCGAACCCAAGAAGAACCUGUACUUCCUCCUCUCGCCGCUGCGCUUCCUGGCCAACGAGAAGGGGCACGUGAGCGGCAUCGAGCUCGCCCGCAACGAGCUGCAAGGCGAGGCGGGCAACCAGAAGGCCGUCCCCACCCACGAAAAGGAGACGCUCGAAUGCGACGUCGUGUUCAAGAGCAUCGGAUACAAAUCCGAACCUCUGGAGGGCGUGCCUUUCGAUCACCACCGCGGGGUGGUACCCAAUGAGCACGGCCGAGUCGUGCGACCCGACGGCAGCACGGUGCCGGGGCUCUACGUGUCGGGCUGGAUGAAGCGCGGGCCGUCGGGGGUGAUCGGCACCAACCGCAUGGACGCCGAGGAGACGGUGGCCUCCAUGUGGGCCGACCUCGCCGCGACACGCCCCGGCGAGAAGCCCGGCUGGCGAGCGAUCCAGGACAAGCUGCGGGAGCGGCAGGUUGCCUACGUCGACUGGAAGCAGUGGAAGGCCAUCGAAGACGAGGAGCACCGACGCGGCCAGGUGCUGGGCAAGGAGAGGGAGAAGUUCACGUCGGUUCCCGAAAUGCUCGAUGUUGCGUUCAAGCAGUGA